AUUGUGUUCAGGUAUGUGACUGAAUUCCAGACCAACUUGGUCCCAUAUCCCAGAAUUCAUUUCAUGCUUUCUUCAUUUGCUCCAGUUAUCUCUGCUGAGAAGGCUUAUCAUGAGCAGCUUUCAGUUGCUGAAAUUACUAACAGUGCUUUUGAGCCAUCAUCUAUGAUGGUUAAGUGUGACCCUCGCCAUGGAAAGUACAUGGCUUGCUGUUUGAUGUACCGUGGUGAUGUUGUUCCCAAGGAUGUGAAUGCUGCUGUCGCGACAAUCAGAACCAAGAGGACCAUUCAGUUUGUGGAUUGGUGCCCUACUGGUUUCAAGUGUGGUAUUAACUAUCAGCCACCUACUGUUGUUCCUGGUGGUGACCUUGCUAAGGUACAGAGGGCAGUUUGCAUGAUUUCAAACUCCACAAGUGUAGCUGAGGUGUUUGGUCGCAUCGAUCACAAGUUUGAUCUGAUGUAUGCCAAGCGUGCAUUUGUGAGUGUUUGGAGAAGGCACAUAAAGUGUUUGACUUUGAAUUGUGUUACUCUUGGUUAGUAUAAAAUAUUUAGCUUACUGUUAUGAUUGUUA